AGUAAGAAGGCGCCUGUGUCUGGCAGAGCCGGUGUGAGACCAAGAGACAAUCCUUCCCCGCCGCCCGGAUAAUCAAGAGUUUUGGCCGGACCUCUGAGCAUACACCGAGAGAGGGAGAGAGGAGCCAGACUAAAAAGCACAGACUAUGGCGCUGAAACGGAUUAAUAAGGAACUUAGUGAUUUGGCCCGUGACCCUCCAGCACAAUGUUCUGCAGGUCCAGUUGGGGAUGAUAUGUUUCACUGGCAAGCCACAAUUAUGGGACCUAAUGACAGCCCAUAUCAAGGCGGUGUAUUCUUUUUGACAAUUCAUUUUCCUACAGACUACCCCUUCAAACCACCUAAGGUUGCAUUUACAACAAGAAUUUAUCAUCCAAAUAUUAACAGUAAUGGCAGCAUUUGUCUCGAUAUUCUAAGAUCACAGUGGUCUCCUGCUUUAACUAUUUCUAAAGUUCUUUUAUCCAUUUGUUCACUGCUAUGUGAUCCAAACCCAGAUGACCCCCUAGUGCCAGAGAUUGCACGGAUCUAUAAAACAGACAGAGAUAAGUACAACAGAAUAUCUCGGGAAUGGACUCAGAAGUAUGCCAUGUGAUGCUACCUUAAAGUCAGAAUAACCUGCAUUAUAGCUGGAAUAAACUUUAAAUU